AUCAUGAGCCAUUCUUCCUUGCAAGCCAUGCUUCGAUAGCCACAUUAGUUCUACGACCCUCCAACAGCCUGUAUGGAUACGCACAAGCGAAAACGAUUUCCCACUCUCCUCCGUAUUCCUCUUACCCCACCACGAUAGCAUGUCUGCCGACUUUUGGGCCGGCUAUGUGUCUGGAGCCAUAGGAAUCCUCAUCGGCAAUCCUCUCGACAUCAUCAAGACCAAGCUCCAAGCCGGCUCUGCAUCAAAACCUUCAAAGGUCUCCAUAGCUCCUGCUCACACACUGCCCACGAACCUCCCUGCGGUCUCUGCUCCAACGCAGCACGCCUUAUCACGAUGGACCCAAUUUGCUCGAGGUGCGGCAGCCCCCAUACUCGGAUACGGCGCUCUCAAUGCUGUCAUGUUCAUGACGUAUAAUCGUUCUUUGUCCUACUUCCAGACAGGAAACAUCAACACUUUACCGCAGAAUUUCGCGAGCCAGCCUGAAUGGUGGAAGAUCUGGUCGGCUGGUGCCCUCGGUGGUCUUGCUACGUUCUUCGUCUCUACGCCGACCGAGCUCGUGAAAUGUCGCGCCCAGGUCUCCAAUCCACCUCGCUCUUCGUGGCAGGUAACUCAAGAUCUGUGGCGAGCGGCAGGUCUGAGAGGCUUGUACAUGGGUGGCGCUAUCACCGCUGUACGCGACAGUGUAGGCUAUGGCUUUUACUUUUGGUCAUACGAAUUGAGCAAGCGAGCCAUUGCCAACGAAGCCGAUACACAUACCCAGGAAGCCCUCAAAGUGUUAUUGUGUGGCGGUUUGGCUGGUGUUGUUACAUGGGCCAGCAUUUUCCCACUUGAUGUUGUGAAGACGAGAGUGCAGACAUGGGACUUGGUGCCCACUAGGAGCAGCACUGGUGCUGAAGCUCCUUUGCUAGGCAAUGCAGCAAGACCUUCAAAGGCCAUAGUCACAGCUAGACCAGCUACGUGGAGCAUAGCCAAAUCGCUGUACCACACAGAAGGCGCUUCUGCUUUCUUCCGAGGACUUGGCGUCUGUAGUGCGAGAGCUUUCAUCGUGAAUGCUGCGCAAUGGGCUGUGUACGAAUGGAUGAUGAGAGUACUGACCGUGGCGUGAACAUUGCUCAAAGCAACGAUGAUGCAUUUGGUUCAUAUCUUCACAGUCUGUGCUCGGCUGGCACGCAAGAUUAUGACGAACCUGUGCCAUCUCGAGCCGCCCUCAUAACCCUGCCACAAUGAGAACCCGAAACAUCAAUUCGCCCGCGUGCGCUGUAUACCCAAUCCUAGCCUACCGCUCAGCCUGAACGCGUGCGAAGACAUCCUUCACAUCUCGACUAACAGGGACAUUUUUCAACAAAUCUCCUAGGACUAUCAAUCUGAGUGCCGUGGACGCGACGUGCUUCGUCAUGGAAUCAAAGGAGCCUUGGAAUCACACCAUGAUGAUACAUCCAUACUUUCAGAUUACACAACUACACAAAUAAACAUUUCAGCCAGCUGAACCUGGUCUC